AUGCUUCUGGAGUACUUUGCAGUGGACAGGAUCAUUCUUAUGAAAAACUGGGGCGCGGAGAAGAUCCAGAGGGGAGAGGUGACACAGCCCUCGGUGGCCGAUAGCGGAGCGCGGCGAGGGCGCCGGUUCCGCGGAGACCGCUCGGCUGCGCAGCGCGCCUCUGAGCUCCCGGGAGCGCACGUGGGCGCCCGCGGUCCCCAGGCUCCGGGCGAGGGCACUCGGCUGAGCCCGGCGCUGCCCCGGCGCACGAUGCGCGCCCUCUGUGUAGCGCUGGGACUGCUGCUGCUCCUCGGGGCGCUCCGAGCCGUCCCGCAGGAUCGAGCUUCCAAGGACACCUGUGAUGGGGACCCCAGCCACUACUACAACGAGACUCUCGGGAAGUGCUGUUACCGCUGCCCCUCCGGGCAGUCUGGACAGCAGCUAUGUCCCCAGCGGUCCACUGACUGCAGAAAGCAGUGUAAGACCGACUACUACCUCAGCAAGGCCGGCCGCUGCUUAGCCUGCGUGAGAUGCUUACGAGAUGACCUUGUGGAGACGAGGCCCUGCACAAACAACUCCCCCCGCUUCUGUGAAUGUCGACCUGGAAUGUUCUGUAUCUCGCCGGCCAUCAACUCUUGUGCCCGCUGCCUGACCCACUCCGUCUGCCCGAAAGGGACGGUUGUCAAACUCCGAGAUCCGGGCCUGCCUGGCCGCAUCCGGCUCCGCUCCCGGCCCGGCAACGACUUCCGGUGCCCACUUCCUCCUUCCAGCGGGCUCGAGCUCGUCUCCGCGCGCAGCGCCCGGCGGCUUCGGGAACUCACCGCCUGUGGCGCGCCGGCGGCCCGCGGCGCAGCACGGCCGGAGGAGGUCUCGGCUGGGUGGCGGCUCCAGGGAGCUCCCUGCAGCCUGAGGACGACAAGGAAACCACGGGGGCUCCCUUUGAAGGACUGGGCCCUUGGGAGUCAGAGCCCAGCUUCCAGCGCCAGCAUUCCGCCUGGGUUGCUUAACCAACUUGCUGUGCGAACUCAGGGAGUCUACCAUUCGAGUGCACCGGGGCAGCCCCUGUCGGCCAGCACAGCUGAGAAAGACACUGUCUGUGUGUCAGCUCCCCAGGGGAUCCAUUCUGGCUGCACCAGCUCAGAGGACUGCAAGACGCCCACCAGAAGUGAAGCUCCUGAGGCCACGCCCACCUCCAGUGUCAACCCAGAAGAUACUUUGCCGUCCAAGAGGGUUCCCCACCAUCCCUCCUCUGGGCAGCCCAGCCCAGAGUCAGAUACGGCUUUGAGAGCCACCACUUACGAGCUGCCGCCUUCCUUGGGGACUCCCUCUGACUGCAGCACCAGCCCACAGGACAGUGAGACGCCCGACAGUGGCAUCACUGCUAUCCUGAGCACCACUCAUGGCUGGGAAGACACCUUCUUUUCCACCAGUACUUCUGUUCGCUCCUCCACGGGGAAGUCCGUUCCAGAUGCAGGAACUGUGCUCCUGGUGACCCUGGUGCUGGUACUGCUCCUUGUCUCCUGCACCUUCCUCUUGUUCCACUGGAGGGCCUGUAGGAAGGGCCUUCGGCAGAAGCUCUACCUGUGCUUCCCAGGCCAGACCUUCCAGCGCACGCGCGAGCCUGCAGAUUCCAGGCCCAGGAAGAAUCCCACACCCAGCAGGAGCACAACGGUGUCCAAGGCCAGCUCCGAAGGGCAGAACGUGGUGAGCCUCCUGCGGGUGGACAACCGCCCCAGCGAGGAGACAACCCGCCUGGAGAGAGAGAGACUACUGGGGGCCAGCCCGGCUGAGGAGAAAAUCUACAUUAUGAAGGCCGACACGGUGAUUGUGGGGACAGUGAAGACCGAAGCACUGGAGGGCCGGGGCCUGGCGAUGCCAGCAGAGCCCGAGGCGGAGACAGAGCUGGAGGCGGACCGUGCCCCCCACUAUCCGGAGCAGGAGACAGAGCCACCCCUGGGCAGCUGUGGGGACGUCAUGUUCUCAGUGGAGGAGGAAGGGAAGGAGGAGCCCUUGUCCUCGGAGAAGUGAGGCCUGCCUGGGAGAGGGCUGGAAGGGCCGCUGGGUGCCCUGGGAGUCCCAGGAGCCCCAGAAGUGCCAAGCUGAGGCGCAGAGGCCCAUCUGGCCCGACUGUGGUUCUGGCACCCAGCGGCGGGCCAUCUCCCCCCAGAAGUGUCCUAUUGUCUCCACGGACAUCCUAGCUGCCCUUGCAGCCCUCAGGGACCCUGGGUUUGCAUGGAGAGGCUCUCCCAGGAGGUGGACUCCCAAGCAGUGUUUUCAGGGGUGCAGACAGGACCAGGGACCGGCCGCCUGCCUUCUCCUCUGUCCAGCAGAGCAGCUCCUCAGGAGCCUCGGGGACCAGGCACAGUCAUGGGGCUGGCCUUUGCGGAAAGUGUGCAGGCCUCGAGGCUGGCUCCAAGUCCCCCCUGUACCCUGGCUCUCCUCCCUGGCCUCAGAGGUGAUGCCCCCGGCUCCUGGUUACCGUAAAUGUGGUGCCUGUGGGCAUGAGCCAGAGGCUGUGGGUGCUUCUCUUGAGUCAAAAGGAAAGUUGAGCUGGGCCAGCCCGACUGCCUCACUCCUCACCCACUGAGGCCUCCUGCUUGGCCCCCACCCAGUGGGCCCUCAACCCUUCCUGGCUCCAGAGUCUUUGGUGGGCCCAAGGACCCCAUGGUGCCUGCAGAAAGAGGGCAUUCCUGCACCCCGCUGCCUGAAGCCCUGAUGGAGACCCUGCCCACCAGCGGCUGCCCAUGACUUCCUCCCUCUUUGCACACACGCAGAGAGGGGACUGCCAGCCCAGGGACCUGACUGCUGUGGGCACCGCCCACUCUGUCCUGGGAAAUGAAGAGACGGAUGCCUGAAAUCUGCCAUCCUUGCCAGCCAGCUGACCCUGGAAUGGGGUGGACGCCAGGGGACAUGAAGCAACUGUAGGAAAGGGAGUGCUCGGUCAGUCGCCUGGAUCUCAGGAGUCUGCGUUCACACGGGAGGAAACUGCUUGCUCCCGAGACCGCGGCCCAGGUCUGGACUUACCCUCUGUGCUGCGGGCUGGGGAAGCUGAUGUUUACUCACCAGCCUGCUGACUCUCUGAAGGAAGCUGGGGCAGCUCAGGGAUCAUGAGGCCCGGUCUGAAAGCAUUUAGAUGUCUGGGGGAAAGUUGGAGAGGCUAGGGACACCAGAACCCUGGGCAUCAGCAGGAAGAGAUACAAGUGUGGAACACACAGGCCACAGACAUUGGCCCAGAUGCCCCUGUACCACCCUCCCCUUCAGUGCUUUUGGGGGCAAGGGGCAUGCAGGUGCCACCCGCCCCUGAACAGGGCAACUCCAGCAGCCUCCACUUGAGACAAUGGGCUGAUGUCUCAUUGCGACAGCACACUCCCUCACCCUGUGGCUCUUCCCAGAAUCUUUGGUUCUCUGCAAAGGGGUCCUGCUGCUAACCGGAACCAGUUCGCGGUGCAGCCCCUGACGCAGGGCGACCCCUGCGUGUACUCCCUAGGGCUGUCAGCUCUGCUUUUUGGAAAGCUGGAUGCCAGCCCUUUCUUCCCAAGCACCUCGGGGUGAACUUGAACCCACAACCUUCCCAUUAGCUGCUGGGUGUGUGAACCUUUCACACUACCCAGGGGCUCCAAAACCCAAGGGCCGGAAUCCGUGGGCGGCAAGGGUGGAGGAAGUCUGUCUCCUGGGGCCAGGGCUCCCCCUGCCGCCCCGUGGCCUACAUCCAGUGGGCUAGCCUUUGAUUAAGCCCCUCUGGGGUCAGGGAGCCACCCCUGCUGGGCAGCCCUUCCCACACUGGACAACUCCAACCCCCCAGAGGUUCUGCCUCUUCUCUCAGACAAAGUGCGUGGAGCUCCUUUCUGACUGUCCACA